AUGCUGAAAUACUUCACCAGCUACACCUUCCUCUACCUCAGUCAUUCCCCUCGCUCCUUUCCCGUUUCCAUCAGUCACGUUCCGCUUUCCGAUGGCUUUCCCUCUCCGCUCCCGUUCUCUCCUAUCCAGCAUCCCCGGCUUAACUUACCCACACCCGUCGCAAGCGUGUGCAUAUCCCUCCUUCCUAGUCAACGUUUCCCUCGCCAAACCAGUCAUCAGUACCAUUGCCCAACCCGUCACCAGAACCCUCGCCUAACCCGUCACCAGUACCCUCGACUAACCCGUCACCAUUACCCUCGCCCAACCCGUCACCAUUACCCUCGACUAACCUGUCCCCAGUACCCUCGACUAACCCGUCACCAUUACCCUCGACUAACCUGUCCCCAGUACCCUCGACUAACCCGUCACCAGUACCCUCGACUAACCUGUCCCCAGUACCCUCACCUAACCCGUCCCCAGUACCCUCACCUAACCCGUCACCAGUACCCUCACCUAACCCGUCACCAGUACCCUCGACUAACCUGUCCCCAGUACCCUCGACUAACCCGUCACCAGUACCCUCGACUAACCUGUCCCCAGUACCCUCACCUAACCCGUCCCCAGUACCCUCACCUAACCCGUCACCAUUACCCUCGACUAACCUGUCCCCAGUACCCUCGACUAACCUGUCCCCAGUACCCUCGACUAACCUGUCCCCAGUACCCUCGACUAACCCGUCAUCAGUACCCUCGACUAACCUGUCCCCAGUACCCUCGACUAACCUGUCCCCAUUACCCUCACCUAACCCGUCACCAUUACCCUCGACUAACCUGUCCCCAGUACCCUCGACUAACCUGUCCCCAGUACCCUCGACUAACCCGUCCCCAGUACCCUCGACUAACCUGUCCCCAGUACCCUCGACUAACCUGUCCCCAGUACCCUCGACUAACCCGUCCCCAGUACCCUCACCUAACCCGUCCCCAGUACCCUCACCUAACCCGUCACCAGUACCCUCGACUAACCUGUCCCCAGUACCCUCGACUAACCCGUCACCAUUACCCUCGACUAACCCGUCACCAGUACCCUCGACUAACCUGUCCCCAGUACCCUCACCUUACCCGUCCCCAGUACCCUCACCUAACCCGUCACCAUUACCCUCACCUAACCCGUCACCAUUACCCUCGACUAACCUGUCCCCAGUACCCUCGACUAACCUGUCCCCAGUACCCUCGACUAACCUGUCCCCAGUACCCUCGACUAACCUGUCCCCAGUACCCUCACCUAACCCGUCACCAUUACCAUCGCCCACCUCUCAUUAAUACCCUCGCCCCACCCGUCAUCGUUACCAUCGCCCCACUCGUUACCAGUAUCAUCGCCUAA